UCAGACAGCCGGAGCCGAGGAAGGAGGAGGAGGAGCCUUGAGCGGCCGACCGGGUUGCCGCAGCUGCGCAGUCGCCCUGCGGCUCAGAACAGAGGAGGCUCCCUCGUCGGGCCCAGGAAAGAUGGCGGAGUAUGUGCAGGUGGCGAAGAGGGCGCUGCAGCAGCUCGGGGGUCAUGGCGGCAUUCGCGGGGCUGUGGUGCGGUUGCUCAGGGUCAAUGAUUUGAAGACUGGUGAACUAGUAGGCGUUGAUAAAUAUGGAAACAAAUACUAUGAAGACAAAAGAUACUUUUUUGGUCGUCACAGAUGGGUCAUAUAUACUGAGGAAAUGAAUGGAAAGGACACAUUCUGGAACGUGGAUGGAAGCAUGGUGCCACCUGAAUGGCAUCGUUGGCUGCACUGCAUGACAGAGGAACCCCCGACUACGCAUCCACCAGUGGCUCGUAAAUUCAUUUGGGAGAACCAUAAAUUCAAUCUAAGUGGUACUCCUGGACAAUAUGUACCAUAUUCUACCACCCGUAAGAAGAUACAGGAGUGGGUCCCACCUUCUACACCUAGCAAGUGAAAAGAACAUGUUGAUUUACCAAAAAUUGAAUGUAUAUUAUGAACUGUAUUUUCUGUAUUUAAUAAAAGUGUUUCAUCAUAA